AUGAUGAAAGUCUCGCAGAGUCAUCAGAAAAGUUACCAUGACAAGAAGAGGAAAGACCUUGAGUUCCAGGAGGGAGAUCACGUGUUUUUUAGAGUUACGCAUGUAACUAGUGUUAGUCGAGCUUUGAAGUCUCAAAAGCUCACAUCGCGUUUUGUUGGUCGGUACCAGAUUUUACAGAGGAUAGGAAAGGUGGCCUAUCGGAUUGCUUUGCCGCCGCCGCUUGCUAAUCUUCAUGAUGUGUUUCAUGUGUCUCAGUUGAGGAGAUAUGUUUCGGAUCUAUCUCAUAUGAUCCAAGUCGAUGAUGUGCAUGUGGGAGAUAAUCUUAUUGUUGAUGUAUCACCCAUGCGGAUACAGGAUUGGGAAGUGAAGCAGAUGCAUGGUAAAGAGAUUGCCUUAGUAAAGGUAGUUUGGGGUGGACGAGCUGGUGGGAGCAUGAAUUGGGAGCGUGAGAAGCAGCUGAGGAAGUCGUACCCGACUCUAUUUUCCUCAUGUUGGGGUUUGAAGUAUUAG